AUGACUACAGACCAAGUCGACGGCUGGAAUGCGAAGAGAGAGCGAGCAAGAAUGCGGCAGGAGCAGGCAAUCGCAGAAGCGCAGGCUCGCCAGAGCGCGUCCGGCCAAGCGUCAGCCCCAGUAAUGUCAGCCGAUCGCCUGAGCGUCAGCUCGCGCCCCUCAUCCAUGAGACAUGCCUCCAGUCAGCAAACACUGCGGCGGGAGAGCAGCACCGGCAGCUUCCCAGCAAAUCAGGGCGAGCGCCGCGCAAGUUCAGGGACCACCGCCAACAUGCACCACUACGACGCGCGCCCUGCGGCGUCGGAACGCGCAAGCACAGACGCCAGCUCGUACCGGUCCCGCGACAGCGCCAUCAACCGCUCGCGGUCGGGCUCGUCAAACACGUCGUACACGUCGCAAGACGCGCCGCCGCUGCCGCGUGGCAACACCCCGGACAUGAGGGGCUACUGCGCAGAGCUUAUUCUCCAGAACCAGAACCUAGUUGCCUUUGGCGAGUCCGCCAGGUCCAAGAACCCGAGGCCGGGACGAUCGAGCCGCACCCUGUCGCUGCCGGCAAACGGCUUCACGCACACGGCACAUGCGCCGCACAGAUACGUCACGGCGCACGACCUGCGCGCCCUGCCUCCCCAGCAUCACAACCAACACCAGCACCAGCACCAGCACCAGCACCAACACGCCCGCCCCAUUAGCGCACAGCACGCACGCAACCAGGCCCUCGCCGCCCUCACCGCGGCAAAUAGCCACGCCCAAGCAACCCGCCGCGACCCGUCCUCGCCGCCGCCACACAGCGCCCACCCGCACAACCGCCACGCAAGCCUGACCUCGCACCCGCCCAACACCUCGGCGCGCAGCAAACCGCACGCGCCCGGGCCCGCGCGCCGGGCCACCGCACCGCUCCCCUCGCGCCGCUCCGAGCGCCGCGUCAGCUUCGAGGCGCGCACGGUGCCGCGGCGCGAGAGCCUGACGCAGUGGAAGCAGGAGCGCGACGAGGCGCGGGAGGCGCGGGGCGGGCCGAUGGAGCAGCGGGCGCGCGUGCAGGAGCGGGUGCGGCGCGCGAACGAGAUGGAGCGCGAGCGCGAGAAGGAGUUGGUGGAGAUGGGGAAGCGGGGGGCUGGGGACGAGGAGAGUCGGAGUUGCUUUGGGGGGUUGCUGGCGGCGGUUUGGGGGAGGAGUGGGUGA